AUGGCCGAGGACCCGGCGCGCGAUGAUGGCGCGCAGUCGGCGGCGGCUGCGAGGCCUCCGCUGUCCGCGCCGGACGCCGCCGAGACCGCCUCCAAGUCGCCGGGGCGCGAGGACUACAAGGGCACGUGCGUGUUCUGCCGGAUCGCGGCGCGGCAGGAGCCCGCCACCGAGCUCCUGCACUGUGAGAAUGAAGACCUCGUUUGCUUCAGAGAUAUCAAACCAGCAGCACCUCAUCAUUAUCUGGUGGUGCCAAAGAAGCAUAUUGAAAACUGCAAAGAGCUAAGAAAAGAUCAAGUAAAACUGAUUGAGAGCAUGGUAACUGUUGGAAAAACCAUUCUUGAAAGGAAUAAUUUCACCAACUUUGAAAAUGUGAGGAUGGGUUUCCACCUGCCACCUUUCUGUUCUAUUUCCCACUUGCACCUUCAUGUUCUGGCACCAGCAGAUCAGCUUGGCUUCGUAUCAAGAUUGGUUUAUAGAAUGAAUUCCUAUUGGUUUAUUACAGUUGAUCAUUUGCUUGAAAAACUAAGAACAUGAAAAUGUCAACAAGUGGAAGAUUUUCCUAAUCGUGGCUCAACAUAAACUAAUACUUGGUUUCUGUGAAGUCUAAUUAUAAUUGUAAGUUUUGAUGGGUUUUAUCAGAGGUUAUUAAUGGGUUGCUUAUAUCUUUUCUGAAUGUCUAUUUCCUGAGAUCUGUAAUAUAGUCACGUGACUACUUUGUCAUUGACCUCUGUGUUUUCAUGUUUAUUUGUCUAGGGUAUAAGAUCCUAUAGAUGAAAUCCCAUUAAAACAAAUUCUGUUAAUCAAGAAGGGCUCUGUAUUUUUUUAAAGUUCAAAUAUUUUUAUUUCUCAGUAGAUAGAUAACUAUAAUAAUGAUUUAUUUAUGAAGAAUUAACUAUUAUAUAAAGCAUUUUGCUGGAGCUUUUAUUAUGAAAAACAAAAAGAAAUUAACUUUUUCUUUACAGUUGUGAUUUUGCACAUAAAUCUUAAAAUAAAGAAUACUUUACUAUACAGUGAUCUUUGAUCUUAUUGAUGGAAAAAUUUCUAGGCUUGUCACUUUUUGCUGAGAUCUCAGAUGCUGGCUUUCAUGUCUUAAAGUUUAGCAUCUAUAAUAAAUUGCUCCUGAAAGCUAUAUAACAUAUAUAAUAUGAUUUCUAAUAGUGAAUUUCCAGUGACUGUCAAUGAGGCUAUCCAGGAGAAUUCACUGUAAUGGAAUUUUAUCUACAAGAACAUACAUAAGGGGGAAAAAAACAUAAAAUGGUUAAUAUAUUAACAUAUUAAAACUGGCAGACUUACUUUGUGGCUUAAUUAUUCUACCAAAGGAAAACUAGAAUUAAAAAGUGGUGAGAACUAGCUAUUGUCAUGAAAAAGUCCUGUCUUGAAAGUAGAGAUAGAUAGACUUAGAUAAGUUCUCUCAAUAAAUAAUGUUAAAAUUGUUGGCCUAUUAUUUCAUGAAGUAUUUCCUUAGGAAUUGUCUUUUGAUCCUAAUCUACAAUAACAAUAGUGAAUGUGAUUGAAGCAUAGGUAUUGAGAGCUAAUCCAACAUUGUGUCAGUAUAUAUCUUGCACAUGACUGUAAAUGAACAUAAGGAUUAAAGUCUUCAUGUUAGAAAUAGGCUGAGAUGACUUUUUUUGGCACAAUGCUAAAUAUAGUUUUAACUAAUGAAAUACUUAUCCCAAUGUUUAUUACAACAUCUAGAAUCAACAGUAUUUGGUUUGUUCAUUUAUUCAUUCAGAAAUCAUUUGCUGCGCAUUUAAAGUAUACAAAUUAUUGCCAAGGUCAGGAAAUAACAGAAGUGAGAACGGACGAUCUGCUUUCAUUUGCUAGAACAAGGGCCUUACAACACCAGUGAUUAUAAUUUAGUGUGUUAAGCAAAAUAAUGUCCACAGAAGGGGGCUGUGGAAAGGGAAGCACUUUGAGAGUGGCAAUAGAAUUUUAUUCAAGACUUAGCGUUAGGCAGGCAGACAGUGGAAGUUUAAGCCAGGAGAUUCACAUGUGUUUUUUUUUUUAGUUCUGUUUCCAUUAUUUACAAUUGGAAUUCCAUUUUAUUCACUAGAGGUGGAAAGAGGAAUUUGGGAGAGUCAGUGGAUCUCAAAAUUAGAUUGCAAGUUUUUCAGCAUUGGUUAAUUAAGUAGCUUACUGAGCACCUAUGUAGAAUAGAAUUACAAGUUUCUAUAAAUCAGUUAAAAUAUGGCCAGCAUCAGAAAAGGAAUUUUCAAUAUGUUGUAUUACAUGAACUUGUAAGGAUAUAACUGACAAUACUAUGAUAAUAAUAUGAAGUAUUUAAGGAAUUCUGUGAUGGCUUACAGAACUCUUCAAAAAUGCUGUUAGCUGAUUUAAUUUAUAUAAGUGUAUGCUCUUUCACAGUAAAUUUUUCUUUGCUGGAAAACCAUUAGACCCUCACAUUUUUAGUGACAGUUCUUUUUUUUUUUUAAAUAAAGGUUAAUAGUCAAGUUACUACAAUUAAAAUUCACUCUGUCUUAUCAGUAGUUUAAGUAUUUGUUAACUCUGAAGCUAUCUAUAACAUUAGCUCAACAAAAAGCUAGUUAAUAACCUUAAACUGUUUAAUGUAGUAUUGAGAACAUUAUUUAUGUAUGCAAUGGUACUAUUUGUUUGUAUUUGCAGAAUUGUAAAAUCAUUAGUAAGCUAUUUCAAAUUGUACUUACUUGUCUAAAAGGAAGCUAAAUAAAUAUGGAAAACUAUU